AUGGAUUGUCGUAAACUAUUCAGGUGUCAAGCAGGACAUGAACUUGACUAUUUUCCACCAGAUAAGAGCGAAAAAUCCCUAAUCGUUCAACCUCCCCUUGAGGUCCUAGAGGCUGGUACGACUGAGUGGAAAAAUUCUCUGGUGGGUCAGUUCUUAGGUACUGCUCCGAAUUUCAUCUCCCUCCAACGAACCAUCAACAAACUCUGGAACCAGCCUUCGACAGGUGCUCGCGCGCAGUGGGAACCCAAUAUGCAAAGACUGAACUUUGAUCUCUCUAGAUUGCCUCUAUGGAUUCAUUUAUAUAAUGUUCCCUUAGAACUAUACUCAAGAGAAGGUCUUAGUUACAUAGUCAGUGCUCUAGGAGUUCCAUUAACAAUGGACUCAAUUACCGCAUCGAAAACUAGGCUAGAAUAUGCUAAGGUUUGUAUCGAAAUAGGAGCUAAGGAAGACAUACCAGAAACUGUUGAAGUUAUUCUGGCAAAUGGCAAAACUUCCAAAAUCUUUGUCGAAGUUCCUUGGUUCCCUUAUAGAUGCAGAAAUGUCUCUCUGCCUGACUCUUCCUCCUCAAAGGAAACUGUUAAUUCUGCUGAUAAUAAUUCAAUAAAAGAACCAGAACCUUUCCCAAAGGAGCAACAUGUUCAUGCCGAAUCCUCUAAUCAUCUUCAUAAUAUUUUGAAUGAAGAUAACAAGUCUCAAACUCUUCCUCUUGGUGUAGAAUUAGUUAAUGAUGAUAAUACACAAACUCAUGAAUCUGCACCAAAUUCUAUUGAUACUCCUUCAAAUCCUAAAAGAGGAAGAGGCAGGCCUUUAAAUAUUAAAGCUAAAUCAGCUUUAAGAGGCUCAGCAAAUAGGUUCGAAAUUCUCUCAACAGUUGAAGAAAAUUCUCCAUUAAACGAGCUGCCAGUGUUGCUGGGGUUGCUAAAUUAA